CGUCAACGUCGCGCAGCACUUCGUCGUAGUUCCGCGCUCUUUAUACCCACUUCCGCCGGUGAGCUACUUCCUUUCUCUGCGGCAACGCACGGCGGCAAGAUGGCGGUGCAAAUUUCCAAGAAGAGGAAGUUUGUUGCUGAUGGCAUCUUCAAAGCCGAACUAAACGAGUUUCUGACCCGGGAGCUGGCUGAAGAUGGCUACUCCGGGGUUGAGGUCCGAGUUACACCAAACAGGACAGAAAUUAUUAUUCUGGCCACCAGGACACAGAAUGUUCUUGGUGAGAAGGGCCGGCGCAUCCGGGAAUUGACUGCUGUGGUUCAGAAGAGGUUCGGCUUCCCUGAGGGCAGUGUAGAGCUUUAUGCUGAAAAGGUGGCCACAAGAGGUCUGUGUGCCAUUGCCCAAGCGGAGUCUCUGCGUUACAAACUCCUGGGGGGCCUUGCUGUGCGGAGGGCCUGCUAUGGUGUGCUUCGGUUCAUCAUGGAGAGUGGCGCCAAAGGCUGUGAGGUUGUGGUGUCUGGGAAACUCCGAGGACAGAGGGCUAAAUCCAUGAAGUUUGUUGAUGGUCUGAUGAUCCACAGUGGGGACCCUGUUAACUACUAUGUUGACACUGCGGUGCGCCAUGUGCUGCUCAGGCAAGGUGUGCUGGGCAUCAAAGUGAAGAUCAUGCUUCCUUGGGACCCAAGUGGUAAGAUAGGUCCUAAGAAGCCCCUGCCUGACCAUGUGAGCAUUGUGGAACCCAAAGAUGAGAUACUGCCCACCACCCCCAUCUCGGAACAGAAGGGUGGGAAGCCAGAGCCGCCCGCCAUGCCCCAGCCAGUACCCACAGCAUAACAGGGUCUCCUUGGCAGCUGGAUCUGGAGUCUGGAUGUUCUAUAAAGAUCUUUAAUAAAAUCUUUUUAAAAGAUG